AUGAAUGACCUGCCUCAGUGCACAGGAAAUAGUCCUGAGCCUAAUGAAAGUUGUUUGGACAACGAGCCUAAGAUUCAUAUGUGUUUUGAUUCAAUGGAAGAGGCAAAGAAAUUCUACACAAAUUACGCCAUCACAUGUGGAUUUGCUGUGAGGACAAGAUCUUCGAAAAAGAAUAAGGAAAACAAUGUGUACUACUUGCGAUUAGUUUGUUCAAGAGAAGGGAAAUAUGUAUCUUCCAUCAAGCCUGAAGUGAAAACACUUGCAAGCCAAACAAAUAAAUGUCCAGCAAGCAUUACCAUUGGAAAGAAGGACAAUAAAUGGUUUAUAAAAUCCGUUGAACUACAUCAUAGUCAUGACCUAUGCCCUAAUACAUCUAAGCUAAUUGCAGGGAAUAGAAAAUUGAGCAUGCAAGCGAAACACACGUUGCAAGUCAAUGACGAUGCCGGAGUUAGGAUAAAUAAGAGUUUCCUUAGCAUCGUUAGCGAUGUAGGUGGAUUUGAGAAUAUGGAAUUCGUUGAACGAGACGCAAAAAACUACGUUGUGCAACACAGGAAGUCUUUAUGUAAGGACAACGAUGGUCAAGCCCUCUUAAAACACUUUUCAUCAAUGAAAGCUUUAAACAAUGACUUCUUCUACGACAUUGCAUUGGACGAAGGGAAUAGAAUAUGUAGUGUUCUUUGGGCAGAUGCAAGAAGUAGAGCGGCGUUUGAGGAAUUUGGUGAUGUUGUUUCUUUUGACACGACUUACUUGACAAAUAAGUAUGACAUGCCGUUUGCGCCGUUUGUCGGCGUAAAUCACCAUGGUCACUCAAUCUUACUUGGAUGUGGAUUUCUUUCUUCCGAAGACACUGCAUCAUUCGUGUGGUUGUUUGAAUCUUGGUUGAGAUGCAUGGGAAAUAAGGCCCAAGAUGGUAUUAUAACGGAUCAGUGCAAGGCAAUGGCAAAUGCAAUUGAAGAGGUUUUUCCAAACACAAGACACAGGUGGUGUUUGUGGCACAUAAUGAAGAAGUUGCCUGAAAAAUUUCAAGGCUACAAAAAUUAUGUUGCCAUUAAAACCGAUAUACACGCCAUUGUAUAUGACUGUGGUUCGCCAAGCGAGUUCGAGAAUGGAUGGGAAGAUCUACUUACAAAGCAUGGAUUGGAGGCAAAUGAUUGGUUAUGUGAUCUUUAUGAUGCAAGAAGAAAACGGGUUCCAUGUUACUUAAGGAGUUAUUUUUGGGCGGGUGCGUUGGUAGGUAAUCAGGUGAGUUUGCACUGGUCAAUGUCGAUGAUUGGUUAUGUGAUCUUUAUGAUGCAAGAAGAAAACGGGUUCCAUGUUACUUAA